AUGGAGACGGCGGAGAAGGAGUGCGGCGCCCUGGGCGGGCUCUUCCAGGCCAUUGUCAACGACAUGAAGAGCUCCUACCCCAUCUGGGAGGACUUCAACUCCAAGGCCACGAAGCUGCAUUCCCAGCUGAGGACCACUGUGCUGGCUGCUGUGGCCUUCUUGGACGCCUUCCAGAAAGUGGCCGAUAUGGCCACCAACACCCGAGGGGCCACAAGGGACAUCGGCUCAGCACUCACGCGCAUGUGCAUGCGCCACCGCAGCAUCGAGACCAAGCUGCGGCAGUUCACCAACGCCCUGCUGGAGAGCCUCAUUAACCCGCUGCAGGAGCGCAUCGAGGACUGGAAGAAGUCAGUCAACCAGUUGGACAAGGACCAUGCGAAAGAGUACAAACGAGCCCGGCACGAGAUCAAGAAGAAGUCCUCAGACACGCUGAAGCUGCAGAAGAAAGCGCGCAAAGAGCUACUUGGGAAAGGAGACCUGCAGCCCCAGCUGGACAGCGCCCUGCAGGAUGUCAACGACAUGUAUCUGCUGCUGGAGGAGACGGAGAAGCAGGCGGUGCGCCGGGCGCUGAUCGAGGAGCGCAGCCGCUUCUGCACCUUCAUCACCUUCCUGCAGCCUGUGGUGAACGGUGAGCUGACCAUGCUGGGAGAGAUCACCCACCUGCAGGGCAUCAUCGACGACCUGGUGGUGCUCACUGCGGAGCCCCACAAGCUGCCUCCCGCCAGCGAGCAGGUGAUCAAAGACCUGAAGGGCUCAGACUACAGCUGGUCCUACCAGACCCCACCCUCGUCACCCAGCAGCUCCAGCUCCCGGAAGUCCAGUAUGUGCAGUGCCCCCAGCAGCAGUGGCAGUGCCAAGGGUGGCGGAGCCCCGUGGCCUGGGGGUGCCCAAACAUACUCACCCAGUUCCACCUGUCGCUACCGUAGCCUGGCACAGCCGGCCACCGCCACCACCCGCCUCUCCAGCAUCUCGUCCCACGACUCUGGCUUCAUCUCCCAGGAUGCCACCUACUCCAAGCCUCCCUCGCCCAUGCCUUCAGACAUCACCAGCCAGAAGUCCUCCAGCUCUGCAUCCUCUGAGGCCUCGGAAACCUGCCAGUCCGUUAGCGAGUGCAGCUCCCCCACCUCGGACUGGGCCAAGGCCGGCCCCCACGAGCAGCCCUCCACCCUCCAGCGGAGGAAGGACAGAGUGGAGCUCCUCCGAGAGACAGAGCCAGGCACAGCCAGCGGGGGCACCCUGGGCCCCAGUGGAGAGGAAGCUCCACGACCCCGCAUGUCCCCUGCCACAAUUGCAGCUAAGCACGGUGAGGAGGUGUCCCCAGCAGCCAGUGAUCUGGCCAUGGUGCUGACACGCGGCCUGAGCCUGGAGCACCAGAAGAGCAGCCGGGACUCGCUGCAGUACUCUAGCGGCUACAGCACACAGACCACCACGCCCUCCUGCUCAGAGGACACCAUCCCCUCCCAAGGCUCCGACUACGACUGCUAUUCGGUGAAUGGGGAUGCUGACGGCGAGGGCCCACCCGAGUUCGACAAGUCAUCCACCAUCCCUCGCAACAGCAACAUCGCCCAGAACUACCGCCGCCUAAUCCAGACCAAGCGCCCAGCCUCCACUGCCGGGCUGCCCACCGCUGGGCUGGCCACCGGCUCGGGCGCACCCCCUGGCGUGGCCACCAUCCGCAGAACACCCUCCACCAAGCCCACCGUGCGCCGCGCCCUCUCCAGCGCUGGCCCCAUCCCCAUCCGGCCGCCCAUCGUCCCCGUGAAGACACCCACGGUGCCCGACUCCCCCAGCUACGUGGGGCCCACGCGGGCAGGCAGUGAGGAAUGCGUCUUCUACAGCGACGAGGCCGCCUCGCCCCUGGUGCCGGACCUGGUGAAGGCCUCCCCGAAGAGGCUGAGCCUGCCCAACACAGCCUGGGCCAGCCCGGGCCCCGAGCCUGCCAGCUACCCUGGGCCGGGGGCUCAAGACGAGGAGCAGCAGCAGCUGGCCGCCAACCGGCACAGCCUGGUGGAGAAGCUCGGCGAGCUGGUGGCGGGCGCCCACGCCCUGGGCGAGGGCCAGUUCCCCUUCCCCACCGCCCUGUCGGCCGCCCCCACCAAGGAGACACCCACCCCGCCCCCAGCAGCCACCAGCGACCCCCCAGCCGAAGACAUGCUGGUGGCCAUCCGGCGCGGGGUGCGGCUCCGCAGGACCGUCACCAACGACAGGUCAGCGCCCCGCAUCUUGUGAUGGCACCGCCCUUCCACCCUCUGGCCAAGCGCGAGGCAGGUGGCCUGGCUGUUGAGCAGCCAUCGCUCAGAGCAAAGGCACAGCCAGGAGAGAGCAGAGCCAGGCAAGCUUUUUUUUUUUUUUUUUUUUAAGUCCUAUGAGGCAAAGCCACUUUAUGGAAAGAGACACCCAGCCUGGAGUUCGACAUUUAAACGGAAAGUGACUUCUUUAACAGACCUCGCCUCGAUGGAGCCUGCAGGCCUUGAACUGGAUUAGGAGCCUGUUUUAUACUCUCCUUUCCUCCUCUGUCCCUCCUCUUCCUCCCUGCAGGCCCUGCCUGUCCCAUAUCUCAGCGAGCCCUGCACCACUCCCCUGCCCACGGUGGAGGGGCCGGCCAGCCCCCUGGCCUGAGCGGGCAGUGCCCCAGCCUGGCUAACCCGGCAGGGCGGGCUUCUCCCCAGGGUCGGGGUGCCUCAGGCCUUUCCAGACUGAGCCCUUCUCCUUCCCCCACUUCUCCGCCUCUCCCAUGCUCCUCUCCAUCAGGGAGGCAGGGCGGCUGUGGGGGGCCCAGGUGCCCAGUCAGCUAAGGUAGCGGAUUUGACUGAAGAGUGUGCCGAGCGGAUGGUGGUCAUGGGGGCAGGUGAAUUUGGGAGGCUGGCCCACCAUGGGGGAAGGGCCUAGGGCCCAAGUCAAGUCUCGGGGGAAAAACACAGGGAGCCUGCCUGGAGGAGGCUGGGGAUCCUGAGGCAGCUUCCCGUGUCCUGGCUUCUCAUCUCCUAGGAGGUAUGGCUGGGAUUGGGGGUUGGUUGGGGCAGUAGGGAAGGGGUCAGAGGCCUUGGGGUCAUAGGCCCAGCCCCCAAGGACCUACUUUCAGAUGUCCAGUCCUCGUUUGGGCAUGUCAAGACUAAUUCAGAUGGCAUUUUGCUCACAGUUUUGGCCACCCUUGGGUGUGGGGCUGGAACAACAGAGGGAAUGUGGGAGUUGAUUUUAUGACUGGACAAGGGCUGUGUGUGGGGACAGGGUAGGCGAUACAGGGUGUGUCUGAGAGUGCCUGAGGGACAGGGGGCCCCACAGUGGUUUUGUGGGCCCAUGGCAGGAGGAGGGUUGAUUGGUUCCCCAAAAGCCAGGGGACAGCAGUUCUCUCCAGCCUCUGGAGCCAAAUUAAGGGCUACCAACCUGUCAGGGGGUGGGGUGUCCUAUGGCCAGGCCUAGCUGAGGGCAAGUCCAGGAAGAUUGGUUUUCAUUCUCUGUUCUCAGAGGAGACGCCAUCCCAGGAUGCACCCCCACCCCAAAGUUCUGGCAGUGAGGGGUGGGGUGGGCUGGGGGUGUGCCCUUUCCUCCAUGCACCAAGUUGUGCCAACUCUAAGCAGAUAAAAGGUGCGCCUCCAGAGAGGAGGGCUUCCUGAGGUCCCACAGGCCAGGAGAGAGCUGGGCUCAAAGGGUGGCAGGGCCACAGGGCAGGGGCCUCCUGGGGUCAGAACAGGCUUUACCUCGUCUGGACAGGAUGGGGUUGAUUGGAGUCUCCCAGCUGGAGGUCUUGGUAGUUCUUGUGCCGGAGCUGGGAUCCAGGUGGGGCUGGGGGACCAAGUGUGCCCCUGAGUGGAUGGAGCCCCCGGCUCCCCCAGGGUGAUGAAGAACGGUACCUGUAAGUCGCUAGGUCUGAGAACAACCAUGCUGAGUGCUCCGGCCAACCCCAGAGCCCAGGUUUGGGCACCUGGAGGGGGCCUGGGCAAAGGAGGGCCUGAAGGAGCUGGAGAGCUGGUGGCCAGUUUGGGCAGCCCUGGGGUGGGGUCUACACCCCCAGUUCCCCCCGGGCUGUGUCAGGCUUCGCCCAGGAGUAGGAUGCAGGAUGUGUGACGUGAGCAGGGUACGGAGCAGUGGGGUUGUGGCUGGGUCCUUGGGUCCCAGCCUCCUAGGGAGGGGGUGGCUUUGGAGGUUCAGGGAGGGUGUGCCCCCCACCUUGCUCGUCCCCCUUCCCCUCCCAGCCACCCCGGGGCUGUACAUAACUCAUCCCCUUGACCACCUCUCAUACAUUUAGUGACCAUCCCUGGGAGCCGAGCCAAGCAUCCCGCAUCAGACUUGGGUUGGGGGACUUCUUUACAAUUGUUUUAUUUUCCAUUUUGUACAGACAUUCUUUUCAAAGUCUUUUGACUGAAGUAACUUUUCUGGUGCUGUUGUUAACUUGUUCCUUCUUUUAAUUUAUUUCCCCACCCCAGGGCUCCCCUCCUGGUUCCCAUCACCCUUUUUCUUCCCUUCACCCCACCACAUCCCCCCAUCCCAUCUGAACCAUUUUGUUUCUUUUCUGUCGGUUUUUGGAUAAAUUAUCCUCUCCGCUCCUCCCCCUCCAGCCCACCCUGCCCUUGAUUUAAAUAGUCACUGCUACAAGUAACAAAUGCACUGUGAAGAUCCCAGUAUUAAUAAAGUUGUACUCUAAUUAACA